AUGGAAGCAUUUGAAGUAAAUGAAGGAUAUGUAGAAGAAGAGAUUGAACCAUUACAUAAGAAACAUCCUAAUUGUUGUCAAAUUGCUUUUAUGCAAAGGGCACCAAAAUACAUUAGAAAAGGAAGUUUAAGUGUUAAAGAAAUUGGUCAAUUACCACAUACACUUGAUAUUGAAAUGACUCAUAAAAAAAAUUACAAAAUAACAUUAUUCAGAAUGGAAUGGGGUCAUUUCUUGAUUUGUUUUAUUGCAAUUUUAAUUUCUCAACUUUCAACAUUAGUUAUUCCUGCUAUUAUUCAAUUUAUGGUAGAAUGGGUUGCUGAAGAUGAACCAGAAACAUGGAAAGGAGUAGUGUAUUUGAUUGUUAUUGCAUUUAUGCAAAUUCUAACAUCAUUUUGUUUUCAGUUAUCAAUUAAAUGGAUUUUUGUGUUGUCAUUAAGACUUAGAAAUGGAUUAAUUUCUAUGAUUUAUGAAAAGUCAUUAAAAUUAAAUUCAGCAUCAAUAGAAGAAACAGGCAAGUUAGUUAACUUAAUGUCAAAUGAUGCAAUGCUUUUUGUUGAACAAUUACCAUUAGUUAUUACUGGGUCAUGUGCACCAAUAUUAUUUUUAGUAGUAUGUAUAAUUCUUCUUUGUAUUAUUACAUAUUGGGCUUUUAUUCCAAUUGGAGUCUGUUUAUUAUUUGUAUGUGUUAAUAUGUUAUCAGGUAAAAUGAUUGGAUUUUUCUUCCGUAAAACACAAAGCGCUACUGAUAAACGAUUAAACUUUUUAGGAGAGAUUUUAAGAAGUAUUAAAUUUAUUAAAUACAAUGCUUGGGAAGAACCACUUCAUAAAAGAUUAAGGAAAUUAAGAACAAAGGAAUUAUGGUGUAUGGGAGGUACAAUGUCAGCACGAUCAUCGUUAGUUACAUUAAUGUUAGAACUAUCACCAUUCAUGGCAUUUAUAUUAUAUCUUGUUUAUAUUCAAAUUGACUAUCAUUUAGAAGUUGGGAAAGUUUUUACUUGUAUUGCUUAUUUUAAUGCAAUUAGAAGACCAUUUAUGAAUUUUGGAUACUUUGUUUCAUGUGUAACAACAUUUAAAGUUGCUAUUGGAAGACUCAAGAAUUUUUCUUGA